GCCCUCCCCCCCCCCCGCCCCUUCCCCCUCCUCCUCGUCUCUCGUUCUCGCUGCGACGAACCCUAAAUCCCUUCCCUCUUCCAACUCUGCUCCUCGAUCGAGGAAGAGUCGAUCGCAGAAGACCAGGAACGCUUGCCCCUUCGCGCUCUUUUGCUCUGAUCCGAGGGGGAGUUGUUCUCAGGAUAGGCUGUCAUGGCUGACGACGAGCCGCAGCCCCUUAACUAUGUCCAAGAGACAGUGUUGAAGAAAAGAAAAAACAAUGAGGAAUGGGUUAUCAAGAAAAGGGAGCGAUUAGCAGAGCGAAAGAAAAGUAAAGAAAGCUUGAAGCCUGCCAUUAAAAGGCCUGAAGAGUUUGUCAAAGAAUAUCGUGACAAAGAGCUGGACUUUGUUCGCAUGAAGCAGAGGCUAAAGCUACGGAAAUCUUCCAAUGAUGCCAUAAAGUCUAAGUUACUUUUUGUUAUUCGCAUCCAUGGAUCAAAGGAUAUGCAUCCCCGGACAAGACAAAUCUUAAAUAAGUUGCGGUUGAGACAUAUCUUAAGUGGUGUAUUUCUGAAAGCCAAUGAAGCAAAUUUGAGAAUGCUUCUGACUGUAGAACCGUUCAUUACUUAUGGUUAUCCUACUUUGAAAAGUGUGAGGGAGCUUGUUUACAAGAAGGGCUGUGGAAAUAUAGAAAAGGAGAGGACUCCUCUUACUGACAACAACGUCAUUGAGCAGGCACUUGGGAAGUAUGGUAUCAUCUGUCUUGAAGAUGUCGUGCAUGAGAUCGCCACAGUGGGAUCACAUUUCAAGGAGGUUACCAGCUUCCUGUGGCCAUUCAAGCUUAAAUGCCCAGAACGCAGAUUACAGAUGAAGAAAAAGCUCUACAAGGAGGGUGGCGAUGCAGGCAACCGUGAAGAUCACAUCAAUGAGCUCAUUGAUAAGCUGAACUAAGAGGGAUGAGCUUGUGGUGGUCCAUGUCAAGCAUGGAUGACAUCAAUUAAACUAGUUUUGCCAGACUUUUUUGCUUUUUAUGGCUUGGAAAAGUAUUUAGUGGAAAUCAGUAAUGUUGUAUUCCCCGGCAUCUUUUUGUUUUCUUCUUUUAACAUCAAAAUCAUAAUCGUCUUGUCUUUUUGACUCUUUUAACAUCCUCAAUAGAUUCUUCCACUCGUCAUGUUCAUAAUUUUGUUUUAAUGAUCAUCUUUUUUCA